AUGGCGAAGAGCGACGCCAAUAAGAGGGCCGAGUUGAUGGCCAAGGAGUGGAAGAAGUCCCGCAGCACCGCCAACGCGGCGUCGGAUGUCAACCCCGACCACGCCGCCGGACAAAGGGUGGCCGAGCCUGCUUGCGCUGCUGAAGACGCGGCGCCGCAGACCACAGAUCAGCCUGCGGCGGCAGCUGCUGCUACAGGCAUCGAGGGAGAGUCUGCCCCGGCGAGUGCCGCGGCGAGCACUCCGCCGAGGGAUGGGGAGGCAGGAAGGACCGCUCCCCCGAGUAGCGUCGCGGAAGGGGAAGAUAGAGCACCAACCCCUCCCCCUGCCGAAGAGAGGAGGGUCCCAACGCCACCCCGGGCAGGGGCCUCUUCGUCCGCAGGCGCCCCGGGCCUGGCCCAGGGGCCGGUGAUGCCUUCGACCACGACUGGUGGCGGUGCAGCGAACGAGGAAGCCCGGGCAUCCUCCGACGACGAGGUGGAGGAAAUUGAAGGUCGCCCCCGUGAUGGCCGCCAGCACUGCUCAAGGUGA